AUGAAGAGUAGCCGCUGCAUUUCUUCACCGGUGUCGGCGCUCGCCCGGGUGUUUCUGCCCGGGCCCGGUAAUCAGGGUAUAUACAAUGGCCCUCUCUCGGUACCACCAUUUCUGGCGCCGCGCAGUUUUCAAGUCCCGGCGAGCCGGCGAUAUGCACAUCAGCGGCCGACGAUUCAACGGCCACAGACAAAUGGGAUAUCGACGGCGCGGUCGGCUGUCAAUGUCAUUAGCAGCGACAACAGCAGCAGAGGGCCUGGUAGUCUGGGGCAGAUGAGGCCGAUUGCCAGACCCAUAUCUGUUUUUCGGCCGGGCAGUGGUGGCCGACAAGGCUCCAAGCCUGGUCGUCUGCCACGUGACAGAGAGAUUUCCGACCGCUAUGUGAUUCUCCGACAGGAAGACGGGUCGCUCUCAGCACCACAGCCGACAAGUGCGAUCAUGGCGAGGCUGAACCCGCAGCUCGAGUCGCUGGUCAUGCUGGCGUUACCACGGAAGCAGGACUCCGAGGAUGCGGAGGAUGUGGAAGAUGGUGAGAAACGAAAGGCGGUGCCACGGUUCCCGAUCUGCAAGAUUGUGGAUCGUGUGGCCGAGAGAAAAGCAGAGUACGAGAAAACGCGGGAGCUGCGGCGCAAGAAGACGCUGAGCAAGGAGCUCGAGCUCAACUGGGCGAUCGACACGCACGACUUGGAGCACCGGAUGGGCAAGCUGCGCGAAUUUUUGGAGCGCGGGCUGCGCGUGGAGGUGUCAAUGAUGCGCAAGGGCAAGGGGAAAGGACGGCGACAUGCAACGCAGGAAGAAGCGGCUGAGCUGUUGCGGCGGGUGCGAGAGACAGUGGCUACCGUUCCGGGGGCGCGCGAGACCAAGCCGAUGGAGGGGGAGCUGCUGCGGGUUGCAAAGCUGGUCGUGGACGGCCCAGCCCGCAAGAAAGAGGGCAAUUGA